AACAUCCUCAUAUGUGAUUUGGGAAGGGGGUUGACAGAAGAAAGGGAUGGUGUGUCUAUACUACUAGGCCUCUCUAUAAGGGUAGAGGGAUGGACAUCCAUCGCCGACAAUUCCACAUAUCCGCCAAAGUCUUGACGGACUGCACCUCAUUGCGAAUCCAAGUGCCGGACUGGAUGAAACAACUCGUUUAGCUCCCUCAUCCAUUUUUCCAACUUCAACUCUUUUUUUUUUGUCGUCGACGUUUGGUUAAAAGUGCGUUGAAUUUUUGGUCGUGAACUUUUAGUUUGUUUCGAAUUGAAAAAUGAGUUCUUCGUAUUUUGGUAACGUUGCGGCGGCUGCGGCGGCAGCGGGCGGAUGGGGUGCGACGACGGCCACAGCCAUGCCGCACCACCACCACCACCAUCAUCUGACCAAUCAAGAUCAUCACCAAUUCUACAAAUACGGUUACAGUGAAUCGUCGCAGUAUUACGGCCACCACGGCCAGUACCAACACCACCACCACCACCAUCAACCGGUGGUCGUGGCGCCUUCUUCCGCCAACCCCAUCGCGACGGCCACACCUUCGCCGCCUUCGUUCAGGUACACGGGAACUUCUCACGGCAGUUAUCAGCCAGCGGCUCCAGUCAGUUUCCAGUGCAGCACAACUUUGGCUCCGGUGGCCAAACAUCAGAGCCUUGAAGCUUCCGGCUGUACCUCGCCGGCUUCGUCUUCUUCCUCAUCUCUGUCGGCUUCGGCAUCGCCUUCCCUGUCAUCCGCUUCGCCGGCUUCUCUUCACGAUCACACAACGGCCGGAGCGGGACUGUACGGAUUCACUCAAAAUCAACUCGGCUCCUUCAAUCCUCACCAGCGCCAAGCGCAAACUCUUCACCAGCAGAAUGCCCAGCAACUGGCCUCGACCAACGGGUCGAUCGUCGGCCCAUCCGCACUGAAUCCGCUUUUGGAAUCGUCAACGCCCAGUUGCAUCAACAACAACGUCAAUCCUUACACAGACCUCCGGGGAUUCCAGAACAACAACAACAGCAGCAUCCAACAACAGCCACAGAAUCACCAUCCCAUGAUGCAAACUCACGGAGGAUCUUACUGCAUCAAAAACCCAAACGCCUCCAGUUACUUUCCCGGAAGCUGGAUGCAAGCCUACGCAGAUGUCGUGCCGAACCCGAAGAGAACUCGCCAGACGUACACGCGCUACCAGACGCUGGAACUGGAGAAAGAGUUCCACUUCAAUCGGUACCUGACGCGGCGGCGUCGGGUCGAGAUCGCCCACGCCCUUUGCCUGACUGAGCGACAGAUCAAAAUCUGGUUCCAGAAUCGGCGCAUGAAGGCCAAGAAGGAGACGACGACUCAGCACAAGCCGGAGACGAAUUUCGCCGUUUCGGCCAACAACUCGGAGCUGCUCAACGGCUAUAGCAGCAGCGCCGAUUCGUCGCCCAUGGACAUCAAGCACCUCCAGCAGCAGCAGCAGCCGCAUCAUCAUCAGCAUCAGCAGAUGAUCCUGUCGGCCGCCGCCGCCAUCGACGAGGAGGAGCACACCGUCUCCACGUCGACCCAUCAUGAAACUAUCAAUACCUGCAGCGGCGGCGUAUAGUCCGACAACCGGGGGACCUCGCAGACGGUCUACAACAUAUCCCUUCGGAUUUUUACCUGAUCACGUCCAGACACUGAGUAAAUGGCCUUCUAAUAUAAAAAGGGCUUCUGCAAUCUCCCAUCUGCAAUCUCGGAGAUGGGCCACCCUAUCUCUCUUUCCCAAUGUGAACGUGUGUGUGUGUGCCAAAAAGCCAAAAAAAAGAAAGA